AUGCUGCCGCCGGGGAGCAACCGCACCGCGACCCGGGCGCGCUUCAGGCAGCAGCAGCUGGCGCAGCGGGGCUCCGUGGGGGGCUCGGAGGGGGCGGCGCCCCUGGGGGCAGCGCAGGUGGUCACCGCCGGCCUCCUGACCCUGCUCAUCGUCUGGACCCUGCUGGGCAACGUGCUGGUGUGCGCGGCCAUCGUGCGCAGCCGCCACCUGCGCGCCAAGAUGACCAACGUCUUCAUCGUGUCCCUGGCUGUGUCCGACCUCUUCGUGGCGCUGCUGGUCAUGCCCUGGAAGGCGGUCGCCGAGGUGGCCGGUUACUGGCCCUUUGGGGCCUUCUGCGACAUCUGGGUGGCCUUUGACAUCAUGUGCUCCACCGCGUCCAUCCUGAACCUGUGCGUCAUCAGCGUGGACCGCUACUGGGCCAUCUCCAGGCCCUUCCGCUAUGAGCGCAAGAUGACCCAGCGCGUGGCUUUGAUCAUGGUCGGCCUGGCCUGGGCCUUGUCCAUCCUAAUCUCCUUCAUCCCAGUUCAACUCCACUGGCACAGGGACAAGGCAGGCUCCUGGGGCGAGGCGCCACAGCCAUCCGGCCCGGCCAACGGGACGCCCUGGGAGGAGGCAGGGGAGCCAGAGGCGAGGGCGGAAAACUGCGACUCCAGCCUGAACCGAACUUACGCCAUCUCCUCUUCGCUCAUCAGCUUCUACAUCCCCGUGGCCAUCAUGAUCGUGACCUACACGCGCAUCUACCGCAUCGCCCAGGUGCAGAUCCGCAGGAUCUCCUCGCUGGAGAGGGCCGCCGAGCGCGCGCAGAGCUGCCGCGGCCGCGCAGCCUGUGCGCCCGACCCCAGCCUGCGGGCAUCCAUCAAGAAGGAGACCAAAGUCCUCAAGACGCUGUCGGUGAUCAUGGGGGUCUUCGUGUGCUGCUGGCUGCCCUUCUUCAUCCUUAACUGCACGGUCCCCUUCUGCAGCGGCCGCCGCGAGGGUCCUGGGGCCGGCUUCCCCUGCGUCAGCGAGACCACCUUCGACGUCUUCGUCUGGUUCGGCUGGGCCAACUCCUCCCUCAACCCGGUCAUCUACGCCUUCAACGCUGACUUCCGGCAGGUGUUUGCGCAGCUGCUGGGGUGCGGUCACCUGUGCUCCCGCACCCAGGUGGAGACGGUGAACAUCAGCAACGAACUCAUCUCCUACAAUCAGGACACCGUCUUCCACAAGGAGAUCGCAGCUGCCUACAUCCAUAUGAUCCCCAAUGCCGUGUCCCCGGGGGACGGGGAGGGGGACAAGGAGGAGGAGAGCCCUUUCGAUCGAAUGUCCCAGAUCUGUCAGACGUCCCGGGAUGGUGACCCUGCUGCUGAGUCUGUGUGGGAGCUGGACUGCGAGGGAGAGGUUUCUUUAGGCAAAAUAACGCCCUUCACCCCGAACGGAUUCCAGUAG